AUGUGGCCAGCUCGUCGCACUUGGCGUCAGAACUUCGCUCGGUUAAAUCUUUGGGCGACACUUUACGGAUCUUGGGCACUCGGUCUGUUCCCAUUCAUCUAUAAUUCCAGCACGAAGAAACUGCGACGAUCCACGUGGCUGAUUGGAUAUGGCAUCAUUUUGCAUCUUGGAUUUGUUUGGGUUACGCUCAACUAUCAAACAGAAACCGAAACCACAGCCCUGAUUGAGGUAUUCCAUCGGAAUCCUUUGGCAGAGCAAAUCAGCUAUCUACAAAACCUUCUACUUUUGGCAACCGUUUUUGUGAUGCACUUUCGGAACUGGUGGCUCUCCGAGGAGCUUGCCAGUACUAUUAAUACGCUUACAAGUCUAUAUCAACGACACCUUAAUCAACUAGACUUUAACGAUUGUCUCAGCUUUGACAAUUACAUUAUUUAUAAAGGCUUAUCGAUUUGGUUGGAAGUCGCUUCAGUGUUCGUCAUGCGAUAUGGACUGUCGCCUCCCAUCAGCUUUAAACUCUUUUUGGGUCUAGUCGGUAUCAUGGCAGUUCAGAUAAGCAUGCUUCUAAUUGGGAUGCACUUUCACCUGGCCGUAUUGUACAUAUAUCGCUCUGUUUGGAUCGUCAAUCGGGAACUUCUUACGCUGGCAAAUCGUCUAAGGAUGUGUAACAUAAGGAGAUCCCCUCGUGUUCAAGAACUGCAUUGCCUUUAUAGGCGCCUCUUGGGGCUAAGCAAUCGACUGGGUGCUCUGUACGACUGCCAAAUGACUCUUUUCAUGAUAUCCCUACUAAGUGUCAAUAUAUUAUCCGUAUUCUAUAUGAUUGUCUACUGUAUUAGUUUAAAGAAAAUAUUGACGUUCGCGCUGGCAAUCAACUUUACUCAGGCGCUAGCCAUUAAUUUGAUGGAUUUCUGGUUGAGUAUUGCGGUCUGCGACUUGGCAGAGCGACAAGGUCGAGGAACCUCAGCUAUUUUAAAGCUAUUCAAUGACAUACCUGAACUAGAGAUAGAUCUAGACCGAAGUAUCAACGACUUUGCCCUAUUAUGCUGUCAUAGACGUCUAAGAUUUAACCAUUGCGGCUUGUUCUAUGUCCAUAACGCAAUGGGAUUUCGAAUGAUUGUUGCUUGUGUACUGUAUUUAAUCUACUUGGUUCAGUUCGAUUAUAUGAAUUUGUAA